AUGGCAUUCGUGACUGUGACUGCUUGUACUUUAAAUGAACGAUUUCAUACAAUCGCUAUUCGUGCUGAUCUACCAAAGAUUGAACAGAGAUAUAAAAUUGAAGAGCCUAAAGAUCUGCCUCAAGAGGAUUAUUGGAUCGGUGGAGUCAUCAAUUAUCUUACCGCAGGCAAAUGGGGAAGUAAUAUUCAACAUGAUCGAUUCAAAGUGCAACAUAUAAUUUCUAAUGGACCAUACACAUCAUCUCCUGGUCGUCAUGCGUUGUUUCAUGCCUAUCUCAAUGCUUACAAUUCACAUGAAGACAUUGUUCUGUCACCUGAUGAUAUCUGGUUAAUGAUUACAAUUUAUUUUGCUAAAUAUGUCAAUAAGAAUGCCGAAAAGUUGCGUAGUGUCUUUGUUAAUCACGAAGGAAAGAUCAAAUUAACUAUUGAACAAUACCAAGAAGAACCUGAUUGGAACGCUUUUCUCGAAAGUUUACGUACAGAAAUAGGAAAAAAUGUUAAAAAUGACAUUGUUUCUCUUUUAACGGCCAACUAUUCAACUACGGGCAAGGUCGAAUCAUUGUUGUCCUGUGCCACAAUUAUGAAUACUUUCAAAAAUUAUUUUGACUAUGGGCUUUUUAUGAUAAUGUGUGGCAUUCGAAAAGUACACUUUCUGGGUACGCUCGAUGAUUGGUUACUUCUUCGACAAAAGACGGCACAGUUACAAGCUUUUACAACGCCGAACGAUGAAUUUUCAACCUAUAUCCAAGGUCUUCUACCAGUACUUGAUCAGUUCAUCGAUACUUAUCAGGGCAAAGUGGAUAAUGAAUUUUGGGAUAAAAUCUUUGAUGUCGAACAUGUUGGUCGUGGAUCAGGGAGCUGGACAAAACUCUCAGGCUGGUUUCUUAAACUAUGCUAUGGUCUUCAUACGAAAGAAUCGUGCAAUAUCGACGAGGUUCAAUUAGAUGCAGUCGUCACUCCAGUUGAAUUCGAGAGUGAAUAUACAAAUGAGAAGAAGAUGUGUUAUGUAGCAGGUGGAUUUCAUGGUGUUGAAAGUCGAGAUGGAUGGCACAAACCUGUUAUGUCUUUGGCCAUCAUGGAUGAUCUUUCAACAAUCACAAAUCGUAUAUAA